AUGUUCGGCGACUACUUACGCACUUCUAUCGGCCGGGCAGGAGGCCUUGCGGGCAGUCAGCACCUAGGUCUUCCUUCGGCGCCGUGGCCCACCAGUUUGCCCCCACAGCCACUGGACUGCCUCUCGCCUCCGCGCAACCCAUGGCUCGUCGUGCCGCGUGUUCGGCCGUACCUAGGAUGGGCAUACAGGAAACAGGAGGCAGUGUUAGGCAACCACAAUGGCUUGUUCGACCGUAUGGACCAUGUACAAGUGCUCUACUGCAAGUCCAAUGAUCAGCGGGUGGACAUGACGUGA